AUGUUGAUCCCCAUGGGCAUUGCGGUCCUUUGUACCAAUGUAAUUGGUACAGCGGCAAAGCAACUAUGGUCAACCGAGGCGGCUGAUAAGUCGAAGAUCGAGUUGACAGCGUAUCCUUUGGGCAAUGGAAAACAAGGCGCGCUGCCAUUGGGAGUUGCAGGAAAUGAUAUCGUAUACUUCAAUCACGAUAGCCUGUGGUCAGGCGGACCGUUUGCAAACAAGAGUUAUGUCGGCGGAAAUCCUGGAUCUUCGCUUGCCGGAAAUCUUGCAGGGAUUCAAUCUUCCAUCUUUGAAAAUGGAAGUGGAGAUGAAUCUGCCUUGUAUGGUAGCACCGCUGAUUACGGCUCGUAUGAGCUGUUGGGACACCUUAGUGUCAACAUUUCUGGAACUGGAGAUGUCACCUCUUAUAAACGCUCCCUGGAUAUUGAUACCGCCAUCCAUGAAGUUUCUUUCAAGUCCAACGGAGCAGACUUUAGAACUGUUCAAUUCUGCUCAUAUCCAGCACAUGUCUGCGUCUACUACAUCGAGUCUUCUAGUGCAUUGCCUGAUGUAACGUUUAGAUUCGAGGAUCCAGAACGAACAGACCCAGCCUCAGAGAUGACAUGUUCUUCCGCGGAGGGUGUCCGACUGCACGGCCAAACAAAAAGCAAUGCUGGCGAGGGGGAUAUUGGCAUGUUAUUUGAUGCGCAUGUCAAAGCCGUUACAUCCUCAUCGAUAAGCUGCACUUCGGAAAGGGCGAAUAAAGUUACCGGAAAAGAUGCGAAAACGCUGCUGCUGGUUAUUGGUACCGGCACUAACUACGACCAGAAAAAGGGCAACAGCGAUAGUAACUACUCUUUCAAAGGAUCAGAUCCAUACCCCGAUAUCCUUUCUUCUGUUCAGGCGGCGGCCAAAGAGGGAUAUGACUCCCUUCGCAAAAGCCAUAUCACCGACCACCAGUCAUGCAUGCAUCAAUUCACCUUGAAUCUUCCCGACCCAAAGUCAUCUGCCAAUGUCGAUACAAAGACACUGCUCAAUGGCUAUACCACCUCCGAAGGAGAUCCAUUUGUCGAGGGAUUGAUGAUUGACUACGGAAAGUACCUGUUUAUCGCGUCUUCCAGACCAGGAUCUCUACCUCCUAAUUUACAAGGAAACUGGGCAGCCAGUGUCAAGCCUGCAUGGAGCGCGGACUAUCACGCUAAUAUCAAUUUGCAAAUGAACCAUUGGCACACGGAGAUGAUGGGCCUAGGAAAGCUUAUGGAUCCCCUGUGGGAGAUGAUGGAGGAUACGUGGGUACCACGCGGGACCGAGAGCGCGAAGCUCUUCUAUGGCGCAGAGGGCUGGGUUGCACACACCAAUCUAAAUAUCUUCGGACACACAGCGCAGGAGGACGAUGCAAGCUGGUCAAACUACCCCGUAGCUGGUGCCUGGAUGAUGAAACAUGUGUGGGAUCGAUAUGACUAUUCCCAGGACAAAGACUGGUAUCGAUCUUCGGGAUACCCGAUGAUCAAAGGAGUGGCCGAAUUCUGGCUCUCGAUGCUGACACCGGAUGAGCAUUUCAAAGACGGCUCUCUAGUUGCAGUUCCUUGCAACUCACCAGAACAUGGUCCCACUACAUUCGCUUGCGCGCACUCUCAACAGCUCAUCUGGGAAGUCUUCGAUCAUGUCAUUAGAGAUUGGGAUGCUUCUGGUGACACGGAUCAGUCCUUCCUUGAUAGCGUAAAGACGGCAUACCAAAAGAUCGACAGAGGCGUUCGGGUAGGCUCAUGGGGUCAAAUUCUGGAGUGGAAGCUAGAGAGAGAUCAGAAGAACGACACCCACCGUCACCUGUCAGAGCUCUAUGGCUGGUACCCGGGAUACUCCAUUUCCAGUGCGUACGCCGACAACCAGACUGUCAAGAACGCUGUCGCUACCACCCUCUAUUCACGCGGUGAUGGCACUGCCGAUGCGAACAGUGGCUGGGAGAAAGUAUGGCGUUCUGCAUGCUGGGCACAGCUCAACAACACCGAUGAAGCAUACAAGGAGCUGAAGUACAGCAUUGAUGUGAACUUCGCAGCAAAUGGAUUGUCUGGCUACGCCUCAGGCGGAGAACCUUUCCAGAUCGAUGCCAACUUCGGUAUCUCUGGUGCUGGGCUCGCCAUGCUCGCGACUGAUCUCCCACAGGUGCUUGGUGAUAGCAGUACUCACAAGAUUAUUUUGGGUCCUGCAAUUCCUAACGCGUGGGCACCAGGUUCGGCUCUGGGCUUGAAGCUCCGUGGUGGUGGCAGUGUGGAUUUCAAAUGGGAUGACAAUGGUAGUGUGACGGAAGCCACCCUACAUGCCCGUUCCCUACCUGUUGUGGUCUAUAAUCGGGACGGUAAGGUCUUGGUCAAACAUUAG